CUAUUUUAUACAGUCUAUGGUUUAGACACGCCCCCGCUGUCUGUAGGGUUUCCUCCCUUCAUUCUGGUGUCGAUUCCGCAAUUUUCACAAUAGUGAGGGUUUCAUGUUUUGUCGGAUAUAGUAGAUCUCUCGUGGCCGUGUAGCGUGUGACUGUUGUUUAACUUAAAUGAAAUAUAUUUCUACGGUAAAUGUCGCGUUUCCUUUGAGCGCAGCAGGAAGUUCGAAUUUGAUCAUCAUCUGUUUAUGUUUGGGCACCUAUAAACGGAAUUGCAUCUGACAUGGUAAAACAAACGAUGCAAACGCCCGGACUCUUGAUUUUAUUCAGUUUGCUCUUCUGUCAUUUCGGCUGGGGAUGGUUUCAAAACAACGCGAAAAGCAAAAGUCAACAGCACGAGCCCGCGUACACAAGCACUUCCGACAGCCAGGACCAGAGCUGCCUGUGUCAUUUGACAGGUGUUUUGGACGACUGUUUCUGUGACAUUGAGAGCAUCGACGUCUUCAACAACUUCAAAAUUUACCCCCACAUUAGGAAACUCACAGAAAGAGAUUUCUUUCGAUACUACAAGGUGAAUCUGAAGCGUCCGUGUCCGUUCUGGCCAGACGACAGCCACUGCGCCAUUAAAGACUGUCACGUAGAGCCGUGUCCAGAGAGUAAAGUUCCUGUAGGGAUCAAAUCUGGCAACCAUAACAAGUACUCUCGAGCGGCUAACAACAUCAAUGGCGUGAGAGAGUGUGAACAGGCACAUGAGCUGGGUGCCAUCAACAGCACGCUCAGUAAUCAGAGUAAAGAGGCGUUUGUGGACUGGGCUCACCACGAUGACGCUCAGGAUCAUUUCUGUGGUCUGGACGAUGAAAUGUCUCCAGAGUCAGAGUAUGUGGAUCUACUGUUCAACCCAGAGCGAUACACCGGAUACAAGGGCCCUUCAGCCUGGAGAGUCUGGAACAGCAUUUAUGAGGAGAACUGCUUCAAGCCGCGGUCAGUGUAUCGUCCUCUCAAUCCUUUAGCUCCCAGUCGCGGUGAUGAUGACGGUGAAGGCUUCUACACGUGGCUGGAAGGUCUGUGUUUGGAGAAGAGAGUGUUCUACCGGCUCAUAUCCGGCCUUCACAGCAGCAUCAACAUCCAUCUGUGCGCACAAUACCUGCUGGACGAGGGUUGGGGGAAGUCAGUCUGGGGUCCCAACACGCACGAGUUCCGGCAACGGUUCGACCCGGCGGAGACGAAGGGCGAGGGCACGCGCAGACUGAAGAACCUGUACUUCCUGUACCUGAUCGAGCUGAGAGCGCUCUCGAAAGUGGCUCCGUACUUCGAGCGCUCCUUCAUUCAUCUGUACACUGGAAACACACAGGAGGACUCGAGCACCAAAGACCUGCUGCUGGAUGUUCUCAAUGAGACCAGAGCAUUCCCCAUGCACUUAGAUGAGAGCUCCAUGUUUGCUGGCCACAAAAUUGAGGCGAAGAUAUUAAAGGAAGAGUUUCGUCUUCAUUUUAAGAACAUCUCUCGUAUCAUGGACUGUGUGGGCUGCAGUAAAUGUCGACUGUGGGGGAAACUGCAGACACAGGGCCUGGGAACGGCUCUGAAGAUUCUGUUUUCUGAGAAAGAGAUCAAGAACCUUCCGGAAAACAGCCCGUCCAAAGGCUUCCAGCUCACACGUCAGGAGAUCGUGGCUCUGCUCAAUGGAUUCGCGAGACUCUCCACCAGUAUAAAAGAGCUGCAGAACUUCCGCACUCUUCUGAAGGACAAUAGGUAACACACCUCCAGGUCACCAGGUGGCGCCGGCCCGUUGGACUCUGCAAUAGUCUUA